AUGUAUACCGCUCAUGUUUUUCUGUUUUGUUUUUAUUUUAUAAAUGCUAGCAGUCAAAGAUUUGACCGCUGCAAAGUUUGGGACAACACAGACUGGAAAUGCAAAGAGUGCCAUCCAGGAUAUCUGGGUCAAAACUGCUCAAAAAUAUGCCGAUAUCCUACGUACGGAAAGGAGUGCCAGAAAUUGUGUGAAUGCAAAGAAGAAAAGUAUUGUGACAUUGCCACAGGGUGUUUUUCACCAGACGUUGGGUGCAAAAUUGGCUAUUUUGGUUCAAGAUGUGUCGAUAAAUGCCGAUUUCCAACUUUUGGGAAAGGGUGUCAAAAGACAUGCCAAUGCUCCAAAUUAUUUUGUAAUUACAUCACUGGGUGUUACGUUUAUACAGGUACAAACCAGAACGAGUUUCCGUCACUGGUGCAAUCCACUGCCGAGAAAGACUUAACCGUAGUUGUUGUUCUAUUAUCUGUUUUGUCAUUCAUUUUGGUCUCAGUUAUCAUAGUCUUUGUCAUAAAAGGGCCAUACUUAUCAAACUGGAGAUCAUUUCGAAAUGUUACACCUAUACGCAAGCAAUAUACAGCACAGAAAGCAACAUCUCAACAACAUGCUUCCUUAGAAAUGAGCCAGAGAACAGACGACACCUACUGUUUCAGUUAUGAUGCCAGACCAUUUCAAUAUUUCAGUCAUGCAAUGGAUGUCUCUACAGACGAUAUUUCUCCACAAUCCCAUGGUCAAGUGCCGCAGCGGGAAGGAAGCGCUAAUACGAUACUUUUUGAUAUUAGCUCUUAG